AUGCCUCCACACCUCCCACGCAAAAGGCUGCGUACGCCUUCGCCGGGCCGUGGCCGCAAGGCAGCCAAGACAUCGGCCACGGGGAGCACAACCGCACCCGGUACUGCGCCGGCCCGGAAGCCCACCUUGUUCGAGGAUCUGGAUUCGGGAAGCAAGACCCGGUCGGCUGAAAAGACAAAGUCAGCACUUCAACAGAUGCACGAUGACGAUGACAGCAGCUCCCUUAGCUCACUUUCAGAUUCAGAUGUCGAAUUCGAGGAUGUGCCUGUCGCAAAACGCCAGAAGACAACAGCAGCGUCUGAGGUGGGAGAAGAGGAUGAGGACGAGGACAUCGAGUUCGAAGAUGUCCCGAACCACGAGCCCCAACCUCGGGCCGAGCCGUCGGGUGAUCUGGAGCUCAUCCUAUAUCGGAAUAACAACGUCCCCAUUGAGAGAGACUCGGCCAAGAAAGGGCCUUCGAAAUGGGAGAAACUCAUUCGCAAUUCCACACAUUGCAUCCAUGUACAGUUUCUCUUGUGGCAUAACGCCGUCCGCAAUUCGUGGCUCUGUGACCCGGAAGUCCAGGCAAUCAUGAUCUCACAGCUAACUCCCAGAUUGUGGGAAGAAGUCGAUCGCUGGAGGUUGAAUAGCGGGCUGGAUGUCGAGAAAGAGCCUGCACCCAAGCCCAAAAGGGACGUCAAGGGCAAGGCGGCUUCGAAGUCGAAGGGGAAGCAACCAGCAUCGAGAUCGGCAAGAGACUGGAGUGCCGCGGCGGAUCGACUAGAGAAAGGGACUCCAGACAUGAGCCACGGCGACCCCCUCUUCAGGCUCAUGAAGUCCCUGUCUUCUUGGUGGAAGCAGAGAUUCAAGAUCACCGCUCCCGGUUUGCGGAAAAUCGGUUACAUGGAUGUGAGAAGACUGGCCAAGUGGAGGAAUGCGUUCGAAAAGGAGGAUCACGAUCCCGAGAAAUUUGGGGAGCGGAUCCUCGGCUUGGAGGAUUUCAGGAAACACGCACAGACCUGUGAAGGGAGCCGAGAUGUGGGUGCCCAACUCUUCACAGCCCUGCUUCGAGGCAUCGGACUCGAGGCGCGCAUGGUUGCAAACCUCCAGUCUGUGGGUUUCGGCUGGAGCAAAUCGGAAGACGCAGAUGAAGAGAAGACCGCCCAAGAGACACCGACCAGUGGCACAACUACUCCGGCCAAGGCCAAUGGGAAAAGGCCACAAAAGCCUUCUAAGAAGACUCCGGCGAGGCCAGCAAGUCGACGCACCAGGAAAACUGACAAGGAUGCGCUGAGAAUGGACCUUGAUGAUUUCGAUGAAUAUGCGGAGCCAAUCAGCGACGGCAGCGACGAUGAAUCUGUUUUGGACGUGACAGAUGAGCAUCUUAAGCCACGGCCAGCGUUGAAAGUAUUCGACAAGGAUCUGGACUUCGCGCAUUACUGGACAGAGGUCUUAUCUCCGGUCACGCUCAAAUACCUUCCUGUAGAGCCCAUUGUCAGGUCUGUAGUAGGUACCAACCGAGAGCUAACCGAGUCUCUCGAGCCUCGCGGGGGCAAGGCCGACAAAGCAAAACAGAUCAUGGCCUACGUGGUUGGUUACUCGCCAGAUGGUACAGCGAAGGACGUUACAGUCCGCUACUUAAGGAAACAGCUGUAUCCUGGGAGAACCAAGGGUGUAAGAAUGGGCGUUGAAAAGAUUCCGGUCUACAACAAGCAGGGAAAGAUCAAGCGCUACGAACAAUACGACUGGUUCAAGUACGUGAUGAGCGGCUAUGUUCGCGGAAGUCAAAGGUGCCCCGUCACAGAACUUGACGAGAUUGAAAACUCAACGGACCUGAAGCCGGCUGUCCCGGAGAAGAAGGAAGUCAAGGAGGGUGAGGAGACCCUUCAGUACUACAAGACCUCCAAGGAGUUUGCUCUAGCACGUCAUUUGAAGCGGGAGGAAGCCCUUCUACCGGACGCUAAACCAGUCAAAGUCUUUCGCAACAAGGUCAAAGGCGGCAAGAUAGAAGAAGAAGACGUCUACCUGCGUAAGGAUGUUGUGGCCGUCAAGAGCGCAGAGACCUGGCACAAACAGGGGCGCGCUCCGCUGCCUGGUGCCGAGCCCCUCAAGCACGCACCAUACCGCGCCGCCACGACGAAUCGGCGGAGAGAGCUUGCAGAGGCCGAGGCAAGAACGGGCCAGAAGGUCUUGCAGCCCUUGUAUAGCUACGAGCAGACCGAGUGGAUCAUUCCGCCUCCGAUUGAGAACGGCGUCAUCCCCAAGAACGAGUACGGCAACAUCGACAUGUUCGCCGAGCACAUGUGCCCGGAAGGUGCUGUGCACCUGCCGUACCGCGGCGCCGUGCGCGUGUGCAAACGACUCCAGAUUGACUAUGCUGAGGCUGUCGUGGGCUUCGAGUUUGGCCAUCGGAUGGCAGUUCCCGUCAUCCAGGGUGUCGUAGUGGCGGAGGAGCACCAGGGCAAGGUCCUCGAGGAGAUUGAGAAAGACGAGGUAGAGCGCGCGCGAAAGGAGGACGAAAAGAGACGCAAAGCUACGCUCGGCAUGUGGCGGAAGCUGCUGAUGGGUUUGAGGAUCGCGCACAGGAUCAAAGAGGAAUACGGGCACAUUCAGGACAAAGAAGUGUUUGGCCACCAGCAGAACGCAGACGAGGGCGGCGGGUUCGAGGCGAUGAGGGAGAAGGAUGAGGACAUGGCGGGCGGGUUUCUUCCUGAAGGGUAUGAGGAGGAAGAUCCCGACGAAGCGCCAAAGUACUCGUCCAGCUACUUUCCAGGGGCGCACGAUGAGGAUGGAGGCAACGAUCCAUUUGAAGUGGACCAUGGAGACCAGGAUGAAGAGACAAAGCCCAUUGGCUCAGCUGAGGACGAGCUGGUUCGUAUACCUGAAGAUGGAGUUCCAGAACCACAAGAUGAGGAAGAAGAGGAGGAAAUUCAGAAGCCAGCACCAAGGGGAAGACGAAAAGUUGCGAAGCCAAAGCCAAAGGCCAAACCCAAAACCACCAACCGACGCCGGAGCCGCAGGACAAAGAUUGAGUCCUCCGAAGAAGAGGAAGAGGAGGACGAUGAUGAUGAUGACGAUGAUUUUGACCUUUCCGAUUGCGACUGA